CAAACCAUAGCCUCGCACUUGUGAGAGUCGCAGACUUAGGCUCUGGUUGUUAGACGGUCAGUGGUUAAAAGUUCAUCAUUUCCUAAAAUUACUUAGUGUUGAGUUGAUAGAAAGGUGGUGACAGCUAUGUUGUCCACCCCGAGGAAGCUCUUAUGCUUUAAGAAGGAGCCGAAAACCCCCUUGGGGUUUUGUGACGGCCCAAGCAGGGCAACGGGAUACUUGUCCUGCUUUCACUGUGGAACUGAAGACAGGUACUGCCAGGCUUAUGACCCUGAAAACGAAUUUCAUGAGGCAGUAUGCAUGGGAAAGCUCAAAGUGGUGGUGCGUCUCCUCAGGAAGAAGCAAUUUCAUGUGAACGAUGAGGAUGAAGGGAAACGAACUGCGCUCCACUUUGCCUGUUUCUAUGGGCAUAUCGAUCUGGUUCGUUUUCUGAUAUUUAAGGACUGUGAGAUAAAUGCCCUUGAUAAUCAAAUGUCCACACCACUAAUGAAGGCUGUACAGAGCUGGGAGACAGAGAUCGUGUCUGUCCUACUUGAUCAUGGAGCAGAUCCCAAUAUCAAAGACUGCAACGGAGAAGCAGCGAUCCACCAUGCAGUGAAUGUAGACAGGCCAGAUAUUGCCAGCAGUCUUCUUGAAUUUGGGGGAAACAUUGAAGAUACUACAAAGGAUGGGUUGACCCCUCUGCUGCUAGCACUCCGAGAAAGGAAACCCCGCAUGGCAGCACACCUAAUCACACACGGUGCGAAUCUUCACGCAUCUGAUCAAUAUCUAAGAACAACACUCAUGUAUGCUGUUAGAUGGGAUUGUGAAAAUAUGGUUGAAAUUUUACUGAAGAAAGGUGUUGAUCACCAGUUAAAGGACACAUUUGGAUGGAGUGCUCUUUAUUAUGCCAUUAUGGGGAAACGCAAAACAAAAAUGGUGAUUAUUCAGCACGACUUACUUCUCUGGAGACAACAAAAUACCUUCACACGAAAUCAGCCUGAAGAUGUCUUUUCAUCAGGACAUCACUUUGAAUCUGAGUCACUGAUUUCCGUGUAUACAGGAAUGGAGGACACAGCUAAUUUGAAAACUCAGAGUGAAGGCAGCCCAGCAGUCCAUCAGCUGAAAUUCCAGAUCAGUAUCAGAACACCUCAGCGACAAAGUCUCCCCUUUGCCAAGGGGACGGCAUCCGGGUCUAACAGUCCAGCUGGGAGAGAGACAGACAAAGGAAGACUCAAAGCAAUGAAGAAAUCACUAACGUGCUGGUCUACAGGGUGCCGUGGAAGCAGAGAGAAGAGAACCCAACUCCAGAUACUUCCAGGGGUACCUAGACAAGCUGCUCCUGGCACUGAAUGUGGACACAUCAGUAUCAUAUUCUCUUGAGAGAAGAAACUGACAUCGAGAAGACUGGGAAUGGAUAUGCCAAUACCUAGUAAAGCCAGCCCUCAUCGAAUCCCCCAGAAUCCUGAGCAUUGUUUCUCAGUCACCAGAACUCAUCCUCAUGAAAGAGGUCACAUGUACUUUGCAAAAGAGUUGGCUGUUAUGCUUGUUACAAAGCCUUCCUCACUAGGCCCAGACUCCUGAGCAUUGUUUUUCAGUCAGUAGAACUCAUCACUUACUUUCCUCUCUAGGUCCUUGUCCCGAGCACUGUUUCUUUGUGAAGAAGGUCACAGAUGCUCGGCUAUCUCUCUGCUUUGCAAAGGAGUUUCAGUGUAUCCAUGCCUAAAGCUUUCUUGUGAUAAUUGUCACACGAAAACGUCUUUCCAAAGUUUGACUGUGUUCAGAUGUGUCAAAAAUAAACCAUCUGGUGCCAGACUUCAGAAGUUUUGCCCCAGUACUGGCUAACGAAAGUUGAGCUGAACUUGA